AUGGCAGAGUGCAAUAAGCUUUCCGAGGUUACUUAUAACCCCGAGAUCAGGUCUUGGCGUUUCAGAAUGCAACUACACAGGAUCUACCCUUACGCGAUUACCAACCAUGGGCCUUACUAUAACUAUAUCCUCACAUAUGAAGAUGGAUACAAGAUGGAGAUGACCACUGAUGGGGAUUAUCCAAAUUUUAGAGGCCUUGAGAAGGAAGAGGGAAGAUGGGUGGAAAUCUUUGUGGUAGAAGUUGAACAGACCUACCCAUGUUUCCAGCCUACUAGCUCUCCGUUCAGACUAAAUGCUUCGCGCUGUACAACUUUGUAUAACUCUGUAGAUAUAAAAUGUGUGGUGACCGGCGAUCAGGCCUAUGCCUUCCGGGAUGGUCAUGAUUACAUGAGUGGUGGGGGUCGUAGACAAGUGAUUGUGGCCCUUAAGAUGUGGAGAGUCUGGAAAUUUAUGUGUUAUUUUGGUCCUCCUGAAAUAUGGUUUGAGACCGAAGAUGGAUUUGUGGACUUCAGGUUCAAUCCGCGUUUGCCCAAGGUUGAGGAAUUCAUGCAGUCUCUACUAAACAGCGACCCUUAUGUUCAGAAAUAUGGGGUUGAAGGUCUCGUGUAA